GCCAUUUGCAAUAUUCAUGCAACGUCAAUUGGGACUUUUUCGGGCGUUCUCUUUGAUAUGGACGGGACAUUAAUAGAUUCCACAAAUGCGAUUGUGAAGUUCUGGACAAGCGUCGGCGAAAAAUACAACAUAGACCCCCGAACCAUCUUAGCAACAUCUCAUGGUCGGCGGUCAAUAGAUGUAUUCAAGGAAAUCGAUCCCUCAAAUGCGAACUGGGAAUACGUCAGUAGAAUGGAAUCCCAAAUUCCCUUCAAAUAUGGAGUAGACGCAAUACCCAUCCCCGGCUCUCAGGCUUUGCUCGCUCAGGUUUCAAACCUACGAAUCCCGUGGGGUAUCGUGACCUCCGGGACGAAGCCCCUCGUUUCGGGCUGGCUUGACAUUUUGCAACUUGUUCACCCAUCGGUACUGAUUACGGCGGAAGCCGUGCGGGAUGGGAAACCCGACCCGGCUUGUUAUUCGCUUGGUAAAGGAAAGUUGGGGCUGGAUGGGGAAGUGUUGGUAGUUGAGGAUGCUCCGGCUGGGAUCAAGGCCGGGAAGAAGGCAGGAUGUAAGGUGCUGGCGUUGGCGACGACGCAUGAGAUUGAGGCUUUGUGGGAGGCGGGUGCGGAUUGGGUUGUAAAAGAUUUGCAGAGUUUGAGGAUGGAGAAUGGAUCUGAUAAGGGAACCCCUCUCCACUUGAGCACGUUUUCUUUCGCCCUCCACGUAACGAGCGUGUGA